UACUCAAAGACUUUUCGCAAAAAAAUCGAAUUUCUCUAAUUUACAUUAACUAAACUUUCGGUUUUGAUAGCAAUUUUUCAUAAUAAUGCCUCCUCCCGAGUCCAAAGAAGAUGAUUUACACGAAAGAAUUGGAAGCUUCGUUUCUUACCUCAAGCAAGGUCAACUUCAUGGAUCAUAUGAUGUGGCAUUGCAAACACUACAUCUUUUGAGGAGGAUCGUUUCCCAGACUCGCUGGAGUACUGCAGGUGAGUUGAUGCAGUAUAUGAAAACAGAGGGAAAGAAAAUGGCAAGUGCUCAGCCAACAGAUUCUGUUGUUGGAAAUAUGGUACGGAGAGGCUUGAAGAUCAUAAGAGAAGAAUAUGCUGGUUCUGUUAGUGGUAAAACAGAAGAAGGGGAAACAGAGGAAUCCUUACAUAAACUGUUAAUGGCCGGUGGACCCUCCACAAGUGACUUCAACAAACCUGCUCAUGGACUUAAGGCAACUGUCAUUGAUGCUUUAAACGAACUUUUAUCAGAGAUUGAGGCCAGCACUGAUAACAUCGCCACUCAAGCUCUUGAACAUAUACAUUCUAAUGAAGUGAUCAUGACGAUUGGGAAAUCCAGAACAGUAGAACAAUUUCUCAAGAAUGCAGCAAGGAGGCGUACAUUCAGCGUGAUUGUCGCAGAGGGAGCUCCUUUCUAUAAGGGUCAAGAGCUUGCUAAAAGUUUAGCUCAAGCUGGAAUUGAAACAACUGUCAUUACAGACUCGGCCGUUUUUGCCAUUAUGUCAAGAGUAAAUAAGGUUAUUAUGGGCACUCAUGCCAUAAUGGCGGAUGGUGGGUUACGCUCUAUCGUUGGUUCUCACGCCCUCGCACUUGCUGCUAAGCACCAUUCAGUUCCGCUGAUUGUGUGUGCUGCCAUGUACAAACUGACGCCCCAGUACAUUGUCGCGUAUGAUCAGGACAGCUGUAAUAAAUUCGUCGUUCCUCACGAUGUGAUGAAAUUCUCCGAAGGAAAUAUAUUAUCUAAAAUUGACGUCCAUAAUCCAGUGUUCGACUACAUACCGUCAGAUUUAGUGAACCUCUGCAUCUCAAACAUCGGUGGCUACUCACCAUCCUAUGUAUACCGCCUCGUAAGCGAGUUAUAUCACGCGGACGACUACUAUUUAUGACGCGGUGAACUAAGAUGCGCCGUGGGAGACUGGGAGACAAGACAGCCUUUUGGUUUGCGCGAUAAACUCAAGCAGGCUCUCUUCGUCACAAUAGGCUGAUAUCUCAAGAGUUAUUUCUUACGAAACUACAAAAUUUUGUAACAGCUCCCAAACCACAGUGUGUGUGUAAUGGAAAACCGUUUCCAUUGCAAUUUAUCGUGGAGAUUAUAUGUGUAAUGCGAGGAAAGCAGAGUUACCUUUUUUGUUCACAGGAUUCAGACAGAUUCUGGAGUUUUUGCGAAAACUUUGGUAGUCAGUGAACGAAAAGUUCUUCAGAACUGGAAAAGGAUGGAAAAUAGGUAGUAAAUGUGAAAAAAAGAAAGAAGUCACUUUGUUUUUUAUUUUUCAAACAUUCUAUAACAAGCGCUCCGUCGUUGAUUUUUGCUCGUAAGUUAUAUUUUUGGCAAGAAUUUAUCGUAGUCAAAAUGUAGUGCACAUAUGAAAAAAAAACUAUUUUGGCCCCAACACAUUUGUGGUUGCUUUGUUCACAAUACCCUAUAAUUUCAUUUUGAAAUAAGGAAAUAAUUGCUUAGAGAAAGUCAGUCGCUGGUCUAAUGACGGCCGAGGCAAGGAGAGAGGGCUUGGAAAUGAGGUUUCCUGCUUUUGACGUCACUCAUUAGACGAUGUAACCACCUAAUUAGUGGGAUCCAGCCUUCGCUUAUCACAGAACGAAAAAGUCGUCCUCUUUCGGUUUUAUCUGCUGCAGCAAAAUAAGUCAAUUAUUCGUGCGUGAUAUUUUCAUCUUUCUUGAUGUAUGAUGCUGCGCGAAAGGUAAGGCCAUAAGCUGUUUAGAAAUUUCAUUUGAUUACAGCUUAUUUUACAACUUAUCAGCCUUCGAAAUCGAAGUUUUAAGAAAAUAGAUUUUUUCAGCGGAAACAGAUUUCUAUUUGAAAUAGUUUUUCUAAUGUCGACGAUCGCAAAAAAUUCACCUGAAUAAAUAAUUUAGUCAAAUAUUUAUCUAUAUGGGAUAAUCCGUUUCGUGUUAUCUCAGCCAGCUUCUAUUGCUGGAAAUCUAUUUUCAGUCGGGUUGUAUUUAGGUAGUGGCGUAAUGUAGCGACGAAAAUGACGGCUGUGGAGUGUUUAUUUAUAAUCAGUUUUAGCGCCUACCGAAUGCGGAAGAUAUAAAUCUCUGAAAUAGGUUAGUUAUGUUGUGAUAUCAUUACCUAAAAUGCAUGAUUUAUGUUUGUCUUUCAUGUUAUUGCUACUCAGCAAACGUUAAUUGGUCAUGAUUUUGAUAUUUCCUGGAGGCAUGAACUUAAAUACUGCUUUAAGUUCCAUGAGUUGCUUUACAGGUGUAAAAUAUUGUAAUGAGGAAAAAUCUCUUCCAUUAUUGUCAUAGAUUUUAUUUGCAAAAAGAAGUUUCAAUUUGAUUGCAUUGAUUCGUGAGAGAAUGGAAAUUUGCGACUCUUAAUCGGUCAAGUUUAAAACUCGAUUUAACAGAUUGGUAAUUUCCAUUUGAUUAAUUUGCAGUUUGUCCAUUUUAAAGGAAACGCAAAAUUCUGUUUU